AUGACAAGAUUCUUAGGACUUCGGGGCGAGAGCUUGGCACGCGCCAUUAGUGUAACUUGUGGUCUUUGUUUUUUAUGCUUCGGGUAUGCUCAGGGUGUCAUGGGCGGUCUCUUGACCGUUCAGCAGUUCUUGAACCGAUUCCCGCAGGUUGAUAUCGUUAAUGACAGUUCAUUCCACAAUGCGUGGGUAACGGGCCUCACGGUUGGGACAUGGCAUCUGGGCUGUAUUGUAUCAGCCGUCGCAACCAUUUUCAUAGGCGACUUGCUCGGUCGGCGACGAACACUCAUCCUAGGUCUAACCUUCUGGAUGAUUGGCGAAAUCAUCCAGACGUCGUCGCACAGCUUUUCGCAGUUCAUUGUUGGUCGUGCAGUCGCAGGCUUCGGCAAUGGUUUCACCACGUCCACCGCGCCAGCAUAUCAAGCGGAAUGCGUCAAAUCUCAUCGCAAAGGAACAGUCCUCAUGAUCAGUGCCGGUGCGUUUGUCUCCGCCGGCAUCGCACUCUCAUAUUGGCUCGUCUUCGGUUUCGCCUUCCUCAGCAGCUCUUCAGCAUCCUGGCGCGUCCCCAUUGCUCUGCAAAUCAUCUUUGCACUUCCUGCCAUUGCAAUGCUAUUCGUGCUGCCUGAAUCCCCUCGUUGGCUGAUCCUAACAGGUCGUGAACAAGAGGCACUGACAGUGCUGGCGGCGCUGAAUGAUGGCAAUCCAGAUAGCUGUGAUACCAAAGACGAGUUCCUACAGAUCAAAGACGCCAUCUUGAUCAUGGCACAGGGUUCGAGUGCGGGCAUGUUUUCCAACAAAGAGCGACGAGGCUUCCAUCGUGUUGUGCUGGCCUACUUUGUCCAGGUCUUCCAGCAAGCCACAGGCAUCAAUCUGGUUCUGCAGUAUCUCUCCUGGAUUUUCCUGUCCCGCAUGUCCUACACAGGGUGGCUCGCCCGGCUCCUAGCAUCCUGCUCAGCGACCCUUUACUUCCUCGCCUCGUUCAUCGUCGUCGUUGGAAUCGAUCGCUUUUGGGGCCGCCGUUCACUCAUGAUGUUUGGCGCUUCAGGCAUGUCGGGCUGCAUGGUCCUCAUCACCAUUCUACAGUAUUUGUGGUCUGAGAAUCGAACGAAUGCUGGAAGAAUCGCCAGUACCGUGUUUUUGUUCCUCUUCUCUGUCUUCUUUGCGAUUGGCUGGCAGGGUAUGGCAUGGCUGUAUCAGGUCGAAAUCGUGCCUCUCCGAAUCCGCGGUCCAGCUAAUGGGUUAUCAACCAGCGCAAACUGGUUGCUCAACUUUGUCAUUGUCUUCAUUACCCCGAUAGCAUUCGAGCGCAUCUCGUAUCAAACCUGGAUCAUCUUCGCCGCGACAAACUUUGCCAUCAUCCCCCUCGUAUACUUUUUCUACCCGGAAACCGCGUUCCGCUCCCUCGAAGAAGUAGAUGUCAUAUUCCAGCUUGCCGAAGACGCUCCGGGCAACCCAUGGCUCAACGCGGUGAUAGUCUCAAAAGUCGAGCCCUUGUGGUUCGGGAAAAGAGACCCAGAAAAGCGUCUAAAAUUCAACUAUGGAAACAGCUCCUGGCACAAGCGCUUAGUCGCGAGUGCAGGCAGCGGUAACAGCAGAAGCGAUCGAAACGGCACCGGGCACACGAACGAGGAAAAGGGGCACUGGAGUUCAGAUUCUCGAGACGCCAUAAUAAGAGACGUACCUCGCGGCCGAACAAGAUUGGAAGAAUCCCCCAUCGAUCGCUAUCCCCACAGCAGCGUCAGUCCCAGAACCACAUUCGCCACAACUGUUACAAGCGACCACGAGCGAAACUCCUCUCGCAAGAGGCUCCAGAGGAAUUCCCAUCGCGCAAGCAGUGCAGGCAGCAGUGAAAACAACAGCUACUUCCCAGUAGUUCUGGCAUUCGACCCCUCGGACAACACCAGCUUCACCAUACCACCAACUCUACCCACACACUACACAUCCCCCGCCGGCGAUUCCCCCAUAGAACACUCGCAAUGGCCCUCCAUAUUCGCCCCCUCGCCCAUCGUCCCCCUGACACGAAGCACAAGCCAAGCCGACAGCGCGAUAUCGCAUGCCCUGCGCAUCUCGCGACUGCGACGCUCAUCAGACGUGGACCGAGCCACGACGGCUCUCAACCGCAUCCUGAAUCCCGAUCUGGCGCCCCAGCACCUCGACCUGGAACCCACCUCUCCCUUUCAGCACGCGCGACGCGCACCCUCCACAUCCUUACCAUCACUCUCGUUCUCCUCGUUCUCCUCGUUUUCCCUCACACAUUCUCCCCCGCGUCCGCGUCCCGCUAGCAGAGACACCAUCGAGUACCCGGGUGUCCUGGCGGGCGACGAGCGCAGCAGGCAGGGAAGCAGCGCUGCGAGGAGAAGCAGUGGAAGGGAAACUCAUCUGCCGGAUGGCGUGUACCAAGUCAUCGAGGGGCGAAUCACACAGGUGGGUUCUGGGCGGCCGAGAACACGGAGCGCGGGUAUGUAUGAGGCGAGGGAUGCGGGGAGGGCGAGGCGUGUGUUGAUCAGAUUACCCACUCGAAAGGCAGCACUCGUCCUUCGAACUACACAUGCAUCUUCACAGCACGAGGACACCCUGAUCAUCGCAAACCGGUUCAAAAUCAUGCAUUUCCGCUCUGAAAUAUUCAAUGCUUCUAAAAAAUCACAGUACCACUAG